GCCGCUCCGUGCAAACGGCAUUUGCGUCGUGCGGCGCGCGCAGUAGUAUGUCGCCGUCACUCGGCUGACGCACAAACUCGAAAGGCACUGUAAUAUUUAUUGUUGUUUUGUAUAACAAAAUGGCAUCCGCAGCAGUGAAUUUUGUUAAAGUUAUAGAAGAAUAUCCAUGUUUAUAUAACAAUAAACUGCCGGAAUACUCCAGAAAAGACGUAACGGAUAGAGCUUGGGUUGAAGUGGCGCAAAGAACAAACACUUCUGUGUAUGAUUGCCAAAAUAAGUGGAAGAAUAUAAGGAAUGGAUUCGUCCGUAGCCUGAAACCUACGCCUUGUGGUUCAUCUACAAAACAAAAGAAACUAUAUUAUCUAUAUGACGAACUACAGUUUCUUCUGCCUUUUGUAAAAGCAAUUAUUUACACCAAUGAACCAGACAACAUACCUCAAAAAGAAGACUCCAAUGAAUCAAGUUCUGCAACUGAGGAUGUCCCAUAUACUCAAAGUCAUACUGAUAUAUCAUAUACCAAGAAGUUUAAAGGAAGAAGAGUUGCCAACGAUGCGGACAAAGCAAUCAUCGAUUAUAUAAAAAGAAAAGAGACAAAGCCUGCAAGCGCUAGAAAAAUGUUUUUGUUAAGUUUAUUACCAGACGUAGAAAAAUUAUCUGCACAGCAAAUGAGUAAAUUUAGACUUAAGAUGUUAUUGUUACUCGAAGAAAUUCAGGCAGAGUAAUCUCUCUAAAACUGGACAACUUUGUUUUGUAGUCAGU